AUGUCCCGUCACAGUAUGGUAAAGUGUCCGAUAGCCCAGAAUGAGCUCCAUAACUGUCACCCAUUACAGGUCGUCGAUGCAAAAGCCGUUCACCCUGAACAAUGUGCUGUUCAUUAUUUUGAAUUGCUCACGUCAACCGAGUUCACAGGAACAUUCUCCUCACUACAGUAUGCCACCUAUAAAGGAGAAGUAGUCACGAAUCAAGGAUACGGUCGCAUGGUGGGCCCAGAGCCGGGCGAAGUGCUGUAUAUGACCGGACAUCGAUCGGAUAGCUGUCCAUCUUUCCGGUGA